GUUGCAGACCUGUGCUGGUCUAGGAAUUCCUCUCCUGCAUCCAUAAUUGGGUUCUUUGACACCUUUACCACUUAAUUCAAGAACUUCUUGAUCCUCGCGCAGCUCCCUAUCACUUCAAUUACUGCUUUGGUCGCGUAGAUCCAUCUUGGAUAAUGGAUACUCCUCAGGUGCAAGUUGGAGUGCCAGAGGAAACUCAUACUCCUCGAAACACCCAGUCUCAAAAUGUUGAGAGCACGGCAACCCCAGAUCCUGAAAUUAAGACAGCUUCCAAGGCGGUCAAUAAAUCGCAAACAGGCAUAACACCAGAUAUUGAGAUGCACGAUGCACGCCCAGCUCCUGAGCUCGAACAAAAACCACUAGAACCCAGAAGAAACCCCGGCCUCCAAUUUCUUGAUUUCUUAACGUCACCUAUUGUGGAACUCGUUCUUGGGACCGGACAGUCCAGGACCAUCUUGACAGCUCACCAAAGUCUACUUUUGGAGUCUCCGCUUCUCGCGGAGAAGGUCGCGGCCUUCGGUGAAUCUGGUCCUCGGCGCAUCGAGCUUCCUGCGGAAAGUGUGGAGGCUUUCGGGUAUUUUCUACAGUUUCAGUACACGCGUGACUAUUGUACCUCUCACACUGAAACUCACACCGAGCAAGAGACGGUAGUCGGGGAGAUUGACAACAGCGGAGAACAGUUACUGAAACACGCACGGGUGUAUACCUUGGCGGAAACAUUAGGCAUCCCUUCACUGAAAGCUCUCGCACAUUCAAAGAUCCAUCGUAUAAACAGCACAUCCCAAGGAGAAAUUGCGUAUGCGCGUUAUGUAUACACAAACACACCUGCUGAUGAUGUCACUAUUCGCAAACCUGUGGCCACCUUUUGGGCCUUGCGAAGCCAUGUUUUACGUCACGAGGCUGAGGAGGAAUUCAAGAAUUUAUGCAUUGAUGUGCCUCAAUUCUGCUAUGACGUGCUCAGCCUUGUGUUAGACCACAAGGAGAAACGUGCACAUGAUAGGGCAGAGGCAGAGUCUGGGGUGAAAGGAAGCGGAAGAAAGCGGCUGCGCAGUGGUCUAUGAUUCCCCAUAAGCUGGAGAAGAAGAGCGCAUAUGUAUGAAUCAACCGGGAUGCUCUAUGAACAAACUAGCCACUUGGUGUUGCGAUGUGCCUCGGUUCGACAAGUCAUAGGCUGCCGGGCUUCUCUCAUUUUCAGUUCUUAUAUUCCAGUAACAUUCCUCCAACUUCUGUCGAGAGCGCUUAUCCUAUAUUCAAGGAGCCAAUCUGCU